GCGGGAGCGGCGGGAGGCGGCGGCGGCGGCGGGGGCUAACCCGGGGGCCAGAGCCCGCGGCGCCCGCACGGCCGCGGCACGGAGCGCCUCCGCCCCCGGGGCCGCCCCGGCCUGGGCAGCCUUGGCCCCGAGGGCCCCACUGAGUGAGCGGCAUGUGGCACCCCCGGGCCUGCCCAGAGUCCUUCGGCCUGUUGCCCAGCAUCCUCAGGAGGCCCUGACGCCCUGGGGGCACUUCUUCUGUGCACAGGACCACGUGGGGCUUUGCCAUGGUGACAUAAAGGGGCGCGGAGGAAGGAAGGAGCGCGACCGGCCUGCGGACUGUGCCCCUGGCUGGGAGGAAGGGCCGGGGGCCCGGAUCUUCCCCUCCUGCUACCCACCGAGGGCCGCGCUUGCUAAGCGUCUGUGAAUUUGUUGGCCAGUGGACGAUUCUGGUGUCUCCUCCUGCGUGGGGCCUGGGGGUGGCCAGGGCAGGCGGGCCCCCGGCGGCCGAGGUCUCGGGGGCCAGGAUGCCCGCCCUGGCGCGCCUCCGGAGGCUGUGUCGGCACGUGUCCCCGCAGGCUGUCCUUUUCCUGCUGUUCGUCUUCUGCCUCUUCAGCGUUUUUGUCUCGGCCUACUACCUGUAUGGCUGGAAGCGGGGCCUGGAGCCCUCGGCGGACGCCCCCGAGCCUGACUGUGGGGACCCGCCCCCCGUGGCCCCCAGCCGCCUGCUGCCUCUCAAGCCCAUGCAGGCGGCCGCCCCCUCCCGCACGGACCCGCUGGUGCUGGUGUUUGUGGAGAGCCUCUACUCCCAGCUGGGCCAGGAGGUCGUGGCCAUCCUGGAGUCCAGCCGCUUCAAGUACCGCACGGAGAUCGCGCCGGGCAAGGGCGAUAUGCCCACGCUCACCGACAAGGGCCGUGGCCGCUUCGCCCUCAUCAUCUAUGAGAACAUCCUCAAGUACGUCAACCUGGACGCCUGGAACCGGGAGCUGCUGGACAAGUACUGUGUGGCCUACGGCGUGGGCAUCAUCGGCUUCUUCAAGGCCAACGAGAACAGCCUGCUGAGCGCGCAGCUCAAAGGUUUCCCCCUGUUCCUGCACUCCAACCUGGGCCUGAAAGACUGCAGCAUCAACCCCAAGUCACCGCUGCUCUACGUGACGCGGCCCAGCGAGGUGGAGAAGGGCGUGCUGCCCGGCGAGGACUGGACGGUGUUCCAGUCGAACCACUCCACCUACGAGCCGGUGCUGCUGGCCAAGACGCGCUCCUCCGAGUCCAUCCCGCACCUGGGCGCGGACGCCGGGCUGCACGCCGCGCUGCACGCCACGGUGGUCCAGGACCUGGGCCUGCACGACGGCAUCCAGCGCGUGCUCUUUGGCAACAACCUCAACUUCUGGCUGCACAAGCUGGUCUUCGUCGAUGCUGUGGCCUUCCUGACGGGCAAGCGCCUCUCGCUGCCUCUGGACCGCUACAUCCUGGUGGACAUCGAUGACAUCUUUGUGGGCAAGGAGGGCACGCGCAUGAAGGUGGAGGAUGUGAAGGCCCUGUUUGAUACGCAGAAUGAACUACGCACACACAUCCCAAACUUUACCUUCAACCUGGGCUACUCAGGGAAAUUCUUCCACACAGGUACUGAUGCUGAGGACGCCGGGGAUGAUCUGCUGCUGUCGUAUGUGAAGGAGUUCUGGUGGUUCCCCCACAUGUGGAGCCACAUGCAGCCCCACCUUUUCCACAACCAGUCGGUGUUGGCCGAGCAGAUGGCCCUGAACAAGAAGUUCGCUGUCGAGCACGGCAUCCCCACAGACAUGGGCUAUGCAGUGGCGCCCCACCAUUCGGGGGUGUACCCUGUGCAUGUACAGCUGUACGAGGCCUGGAAGCAGGUGUGGAGCAUCCGCGUGACCAGCACAGAGGAGUACCCCCACCUGAAGCCGGCCCGCUACCGCCGUGGCUUUAUCCACAACGGCAUCAUGGUCCUCCCGCGGCAGACAUGCGGCCUCUUCACACACACCAUCUUCUACAAUGAGUACCCUGGUGGCUCCAGUGAGCUGGACAAGAUCAUCAAUGGGGGCGAGCUCUUCCUCACUGUGCUCCUCAAUCCUAUCAGCAUCUUCAUGACACACCUGUCCAACUAUGGGAAUGACCGCCUGGGCCUGUAUACCUUCAAGCACCUGGUGCGCUUCCUGCACUCCUGGACCAACCUCCGGCUGCAGACGCUGCCCCCAGUGCAGCUGGCCCAGAAGUACUUCCAGAUCUUCUCCGAGGAGAAAGACCCGCUCUGGCAGGACCCCUGUGAGGACAAACGCCACAAAGACAUCUGGUCCAAGGAGAAGACAUGUGACCGCUUCCCAAAGCUCCUCAUCAUUGGCCCCCAGAAAACAGGCACCACGGCCCUCUACCUGUUCCUGGGCAUGCACCCGGACCUCAGCAGCAACUACCCCAGCUCAGAGACCUUUGAGGAGAUCCAGUUUUUUAAUGGCCACAACUAUCACAAAGGCAUCGACUGGUACAUGGAGUUCUUUCCUAUCCCCUCCAACACCACCUCCGACUUUUACUUUGAGAAAAGCGCCAACUACUUUGAUUCGGAAGUGGCGCCCCGGCGAGCAGCUGCUCUGUUACCCAAGGCCAAGGUCCUGACCAUCCUCAUCAACCCAGCAGACCGGGCCUAUUCCUGGUACCAGCACCAGCGCGCACACGAUGACCCGGUGGCCCUGAAGUACACCUUUCACGAGGUGAUCACGGCUGGGCCUGACGCGUCCUUGAAGCUGCGUGCCCUCCAGAACCGCUGCCUGGUCCCCGGCUGGUACGCCACCCACAUCGAGCGCUGGCUCAGCGCCUUUCAUGCCAACCAGAUCCUGGUCCUGGAUGGCAAACUGCUGCGAACAGAACCUGCCAAAGUGAUGGACACAGUGCAAAAGUUCCUUGGGGUGACCAACACUAUUGACUACCACAAAACCUUGGCGUUUGAUCCAAAGAAAGGAUUUUGGUGCCAACUGCUUGAAGGAGGAAAAACCAAGUGUCUGGGCAAAAGCAAGGGCCGGAAAUACCCAGAGAUGGACCUGGAUUCCCGCGCCUUCCUGAAGGACUAUUAUCGGGACCACAACAUCGAGCUUUCCAAGCUGCUGUACAAGAUGGGCCAGACCCUGCCCACCUGGCUGCGGGAGGACCUCCAGAACACCAGAACAAUACUCCAGGAGGCAGUGUGGACUGGUGGGGGACCACUGAUGGGGAGCAGGGGGCUGGACCUGUGCCCUGGCUUGUGCCUUGCUUCGCUCCAACAAGGAUUUCAGGCCUUUCUCAAGGACACAGAAGGGACAGCAAGAUGGCGUCAAUUAAAAUCAGGUGAGAAAACAGGCGGAUGGGGGGAGGGGGGGUGCGGAGAAUGUGGAGGCAAGAUAAAGGCUCAGAAAUGCAGGCAAAAUUUGGGGCAAGAUCUUUCCUUUUAAGAAAAUGCAUUUUUUUAAAAAAUCACAAAAAUUGUAGAUGUCCAUUGUGGAAAAUUGAGAACAUGCAGACAAAUGAGAAGAAAAUAUUUGAAAGUGUAUCCCACCACUCAGAUAACCACUGUUCCUAUUUUAGGACUUUGCCCUUCUGUCUGAUGUGUCAAGUUGCUCUUGUAGAAAUGGGAGUGUACUGA